AUGGAUGUUUCGUUCAAAGAAGAUACUUUUCCCUUUAAGGAGUCUCAUUCCUCUCCACCUGUAUUUUUGUCUUCUGAUUCCUCUACUUAUGAUGCAGACUACAUCUUUAUAUUACAUGAGUUUCACAGCUCAGAAGAGGUCUCUUCUCCUUCCUCCAAUAUGAGUCCUGUAGGUGAUGCCUCAAGCCAGGAGACAUCUGCCCAGCUGGAUAAUAUCACUGAAGGUGUGCCAUCCUUGCUGACUUCUAUUGUUCAACAUUCUACUAGCCUGAGAAGAUCCCUGCGGACCAAGCAAGCUCAUAUUUGGCUGAAAGAUUUUGUGACAUGUCCCAGUCACAAAGCUGUUCCUUACUCUAUUGCUAACUACAUCUCCUAUGAUGGUGUGUCUCCCAAGUAUCAGUGCUACCUAGAUGCUUUUUCUUCCAUAGUUGAACCUACUACAAUUGAAGAUGCUGUCAAGGAUCCUAUAUGGGUUGAGGCAAUGCAAGCUGAGAUCACUGCAUUGGAAUCCAACCACACUUGGGAUGUGGUACCUUUGCCUGCUGACAAAGUUCCAGUUGGUUGUAAAUGGAUAUAUAAAGUGAAGUACAAAGCUACAGGGGAGGUGGAAAGGUUCAAAGCUAGGCUAGUGACAAAAGGAUAUAGUCAACAAGAGGGUAUUGACUACUAG